AUGUCAUCAUCAAAAGCCGUUCUCAAACGUCAGCAGCUACCGAAACUUAUGGCUUGUAUGACGAAGAACAGUUUAGAGAACCUCAGAAAUCGAGCCUUGUUUAGUCUUGAAACCUUAGACGCAAAAGGAAUCAGAAGACGGAAACUUCCACUACACGAAUGCCUUAUAUUGGAAUUGAGAGAAUCAGGUUACUCGGAAUCAUCCGAUUAUCUGCAGGAUCUUAUCUAUGACAACAUACAACUUUUAGCGGAAGACGAUAUAGGUAUUGUUGUUGAUUUGAGAAAAAGAGAAGCUUUCUUGGAAGAUAUUAGUGCUGGUUUAAUGCGAGCUGAGAAACAGCGUGACAAAGGGAAUACAAAGAAGGAAUGCUUAGAGCUAUUAGCGUUAGCAUUAUCCUAUGCUCAGAGAGGAAAAGGAAUCUUGUGGUUGGCCGAGAAGUUUUUUCUAGCAGCGAUAGCUGUAUCGAGCCAAUAUUUGGUGGAUGGAGGUCGACAGAAAGGCUGUUGUAAAUAUCACUACGCUUCGUUCUUGCUUGAUAAAUUUCCAGGUGCAGAUCCCGAAGAGCCUUUUGUUAUUUUAACUGAAGUCAGAGACAGCGCCAUUGGUAAGGAUUGGCCGCUCUAUGAAGCUGAAAACGAGGAAGAUGUGGUACCACCUGAAACAGUGUUCUCUGCGACAGCAAUACAAUUGCAUCGGGUGUUACUAGAUAAGGCGCGAUCAGCUAGAAACAAAGAUCCUGCAAAAUCGGAGAGACUUUCUAGACUAGCUGAGCGAAGAGCCAAAGACGCAAAUGAUAUACCAAAAACGGCCGAAGCGAUCCUAGAAAUAGGCAUCAGUCAGUUAAUUAUGAAUAAUUUGAAUAACGCUCACAAGACAUUUUUAAAAGCAUACAAAAUUUACGAAGCGGACGAUAACAUUGUGGGCUUGUGCGAUUCAAGAAUGCAUUUAGCUGCGGUAAUGCAAAGACUAGGUGACUAUGAAACUUCAGCUAAAUUGCUUACUGAAAUGGGCGCGUUGGCGAUGGAACAUGGGCUCAGAAGGCAACUCGGUCGAGCGCUACAUCUUCUGGGCGAGCUACACUUACGCCGAGAGAAGCCGGAAUUGGGCACACAGCAUCUUACCGAGGCGUUCCAGUGCUUUAUGGGCUUCAAUUGGCAAUAUGCUACACCUGAGACUAUUGUUAAGAAAACAGUGAAAUCAAUAUCAAGUAAUUUGGAUGUAAUUUUCAAGACAAACGAGAUAGAAAUUUAUGAAGAGGAAGCGGAACAAUCUCGAUUAAUGCACGCAAUUUCGGCAGGGCAAGAAAUAAUGGCAUCAUUUUUUAAUUUGCUAAGGGUGUCUGGUACAUGCUCUGUGGCGAAGGUUAAAACAAUUGAGUGGAAAUUGUCCCGGUGCCAGUGGUGGCUGAAGAAAGCGCACCAUGAUCUGGUACCCUGUAUUUGUCCGCUACAUAACCGGACGCCGCUGGAUGUUUUAAGGAUGCAAAUUGAGGCACAUGACGUGGAAAAACACGCCUCCGAAGAAGAAGUUGCGUUACUCGGCAGAACUGGUACUGUCCAAGACAUGACAAAACUGCGAAGUAGUUUUUAUAAAGAUUAGAAAGUGUGUAUGUUUAAAAUGUAUUCAAAUAGACUUUGAAUGAUUUAACUGUAGGCUAAUUAAUUUGGUAUGCUAAUCAAACUGGAUUAGAAUAACAAUUAAUUCGAAAAACAACUAGGUACGGUGUUUUUCUUUAUAGAAAUUCGUGUAGGUACCAGCCUGGAGUCAGGUAAUUGCCGUUGUCCACCCCGGGCCUCUGAUAGAACGAUAAGCUUGGUUAAAAGCCUAUGGUUGCCCGAACACACGUCAACAUUAUUGACAGUAUGCAGAAUAUUUUCAAUAAAAUUCAUCGGGUAUCGAAGAAUUGAAGUAUUGGUAUUAAUACUGUCAAAACUAUCAUCAAUAUUUAUUUUUAUUAUUAUUAUUGAAUUCUGUAUUGCAUACACAAAAAUAAAUAAAAAAGAAACACGUAAAUGAAUUUAAAUGUUAAUGUCAUAUUAUUCUUUAUUCUUGUUAUUAUCCUUUAUUUCCGUAAAUUCCUAUCGCUUGACAUACAAUAGUACUUGAAUAACACAUAAUAGUAAUCGAUACCCAUACCGCUAUCCUCAUAUGUAUAGGAGAAGUGUGAAUAGGCUAAGGUCUAAAUCCCGCAUUCCUAUUAGAGAGGAGAUCAGCUAUACCCACGUUUGGAAAUUGCUAUAUCCAUAACAAGCCAGUUCAGAUAUGACAAUGCUUAUGAAACACACGUAGAAAUUAUACCCUCCUACUCCUUAUAUUGCGGUAAAGUUGGUUAAGUCAGGUUCAUACAAGAUAGAUUGCCUUUGACAUAUUUUCAGUCAUUGAACUGUAAGACAAUGUGAGGGUUUGCCAUUCUAUCCCACUACGUGACCCUUACGUAAUUGACAUUCCAUGCUUGUUCACGGUGAUGGAACAUUUUUUUUUUUUGCGUCUGAA